AUGGUAGCCAACCUGGGCGGGCUGGCCGGCCGCCGUCAGGUCUUCCACCAGGCCCUGCCGCGGGUCUCACCCUUCCACGCGGUGAGGCGCAGCAGCAGCCCCCUGGGUGUGCGUGUCCUGGUCACCCUCGGCACCAGCUUCGACUGUGCCAGCCAGGUGGAGCUGGAGCAGGUGCUGAGCCUGGGUGUGGCCCCCUCGCACACCAUCUACACCAACCUCAAGCCCAUCUCCCACAUCCAGUAUGCCACCCACCAUGGGGUGCAGCUCCUGGUCUUUGACAGUGAAGGGGAGCUAAUCAAGGUCCCAGAACCCGGGACCAGUUCUAUUACUAUCAUUGUUAUUAUUAUUAUUAUUAAGAGGAGCUCCCUGCUGGCAGGAGGUCACUGGGAGCUGGUGUACUAUCUCAACAAGGGCCACUUUUGUGCCUUCCAUGUCUCCCUCAGGGAGCCUGAACCCAAGAUGCCCAUUGUGCUGAAGCUCUGCCCUGAGCCACCCCUCUUCUCCUGCACCCUCUACGGCUCCACAUGUGGUGCCUCUGAUGGGCUCUUCUUGGAGGAGACGCAGCUGCCCGAGUGGGACAUGGGCGACUGGCUGGUCUUCCCCUCGGGCGCCUACACGUCCACCAUGAGCUCUGCCUUCAAUGGCUUCCCUCCUACCUUCAUCUACUAUGCCAAGGAACCUGAGCUCAAGUGUCUGGGGGAGAGAGAGGGGGCUGGGCAGAGCCUGCUGGAGACAGCACUGCGGGCUGGGAUGUGGCUGAUGGAGGAGCUCCGGACAAUGCAGUGCACCCACGUGGGGAUGCUUGAGGGCAGGGUUUAG